CGGUCUGCCUGGCCUGUGCUUCGGGCUGCCACGGAGAGUAGGCUGGGAGGAGAGAAAUCCCACCUAGCCCAGAGGGAAUGAACUCCAUUGCCAGGUCCUCAGACUUCCCUUUUUCAUCCUAGGGAUGAAAGGAUGCAGGAUGGGGAAGGAGUCGCAGUCUCUCAAGCCCCGUUAGUGUUCAGUCGGUUUCACUUGCCUUCCUUGCCAGUUCGUAGGUUUGUCCCGGCUCUGUAAUCUGUUCUGAUCUGCGAUACCCCAUUGUUUGUAACCCUGUGCGUCCUCAGCUUUUAGCUGCGCACGCUGUCAUUUGCAGAAAUGUGAGUCUGUGCAGAGUGGUUUUUUAUGAGUGGGAUGAGGCAAAAGGGAAGGGUCCCACCAGAGCAGUCCAUUCCCUGGAGAUGGGCAGUGAUUCAGAGAGAAGGGAGUGCUCACGGAGUACUGGAGACCUUUUGUGCCUCUGCCGAGGUCAGAGUUUCCAGGAGGAAUUCAGAACUCUCCACGGGGCUAAUGGAGGGAGGUGGCUCAUGUAGAAUUUUUUGGCUGAAAAUUAUGCUUCCUCCCUGGAAAAUAACUUUUUUCCAUUCCAUGCAGUACUCAUCUGCAACUGUAAGACCAGGCAACUGGCUUCCAGGCAAAACACUUGUAAAAAAGCCUUUUCUUUUAAUUUUUUUCCCUUCAACAACAUCUAAAAUGUUAUUAUGUGGCAGUGAGCAAUUGCAUUGAGAGUGUGGUCUGAGAGGGCAGAGUAUCUAGGAAAAGAGUAAUAGAUAGAAGCAUAGUCAUCAUGUCAGUAUUUCAUUUUUUCUUUUCCAGUAGGUUUUUGCCUUGGCAUUUUAAUUUUGUCCGUAUUUUCUCAGUCACUGCCUGGUACAGAGGUGCUCAGUGAGCACUAUGAGGUAGGGGAGGGCCUAUAAGCCUCAUGGGUCGCCUGGCUUGAUGUGCAGCUUCCUCUGCCCCUGCUCAGGAGUGUGUAAAUGGCAAAUUCUCAUUUAUUUGUUCUUUCUGGGCUGGGAAAACCUAAUGGUUAUUCUAGUCCUGUGGUCGUUGCAGAAGGAGCUGAGCAGAGCUGACUCCUGAAUGUUCAGACACGUGGUGCUCUGGAGAGUGCUGCCAGUGAUAAUGGUCACCAGUCUGUGAAUCAAGCACAGCUGGGAGCUGUGAUCCCAGACAGAGAAUUGUCAAAACUGAUAAGUCAGUGACCCGCUGGCUAUUUUUCUCCCAGAGAGUUGCAUGCUCUUAAAUAUGUGAGAAACCCUUCUUGAGAAAACACAUCUCUAAACCUGGUUAUGCCUCUGCCUUGUGACCACAGAUGUCUCUUGAGAACCUGCAGUGCUUUCUCUAGAAAUUUCCCAAGACAUUCUCUGACUGGGUUCCUAAAACAGAUGCUGUUGUCUAAAAUUAAGGGUCGGUAGAGACUUCUUCCACCCUUUGCAACUGUUUUGACAGGUAUUAUUUUCCUUUUGAGCAGUUUUUUCCUAUGACUAUGUCUUCACUGCUUAUUUUCUUCCACUUAAAUAUUUGUCAUAGGAGCAACCAGUUUGAGUGUUUGCAUUUAGAGACUUUGCUAAUGUACUAAUGAGAUGGAGAAGCAAAGGGGCUGUAGAGAUAAAAAGUGCUUUUUCUUUUUUUGAGCAAGUGGUUAUGAUGUGUUUGGAAUGAGGUUAUGAUGUGUUUGGAAUGGAAUGCUGGGAAUAUGCUCUAAAUAGUUAUCUGGACACAAGGAGCAGUUCAGGUGUGUCCUGAACAAUAUACUGAGUUUCUCGUAGAUAUUUUAUAAACAUGAGGAAUUUAUUGCAUGAGAUAGGAGGUUGUUCCUGAGGCAUGAUAUAAUGAUGGUCUGACUGCACGGGAGUAAAGAAAUGUGCUGCUUUUCCCUCAUGUGAGUAACAGCAGAAUAAAAACCUGUGGGCCACAGAAAACUGACCGACAUUAAUGUGAGUUAGGGGAAUCAGUUUUUUACGUCUUUAUACCCAUUUAUUUUCCACCACCAUCCCCUUAUGGAGGAACCUGAUGCCUUUUGCGGCUGGAAGAGGGACAUGAAGCCAAGUAUGCAGACCUUUUUCAGAGUCCUGGACGUGCCCUUUGUCCUGUGUGCUACUGCCUCUGAGUCUCAAAGACCCUUUCAGGUGUCCUUUGGGGCUUAUGUGGGUUGUGAGUGUGGAGAAUGAAAUGCAUGAAAUCGACCUGUUGAAUCAAUUGCAGUAUUUACUUUUCCAGAUUGAUUCUCAAAAGCUGUGAUGAUGUUGCAGAAGAGAUUUGCACUGCUUCCCAUCAGUGCAGAGCUGUGUGUGUUUGUCGCUUCUUCAUAAGCAUGUAUAGUUGUAUAAUUCUGAUUUAUUUUUGGUGUGUUCCUCACAAAGUUCUCAGCCAUUUUAUAGGUCUAAUCCCAUCAUAAAGGAUGAGGAUGUCCAUCAGGCCCACUUGAGGGUGGGAAGGGUUGUAGGCCUGAAGGACUUCAAAGUAGGGAUCUAAUCUUUGCGAUGAAUUGGUAUCUGCAUCGGCUGUUUUUUUCUCGAAAUUCAAAAAAACCCCAAAACAAACCAAAAAAACCCCAACAAAAAACAGUGCUGGAGAUUCUGCAUCCUAGAUAACCUUUUUUAGUGUAUCAGCACUUUGGCAGUAGGUAAAUUUGUUUCUUCAUAUUCAGGCUAAAUCUUGUUUACCAUUGGAACUGAUGUGGAGGAAGAGUUGAGCACUUUCCCCCUUUCUUGUGACUUUCAAUGUAUGCAGGCUGUUCUGUUCCUUUGGUGUUAUCUUUUUAAAUCUAAACGCACCCAGGUCCUUGGUUUUUUUCCAGGUCAUGCUCUCUACACUCUUAAUUUUUGUUUCUUUCCACUGCUGUUUCUCAGAUUUUUGCAUGUGUUUUAUGAGGAAGAAUAUGUGGGGCUGGAUGUGGCCUGUUGGCUGAAGUCUCACCUGUGUGAGGCCUACAAUGGCGCUACUGCUGUGUCCCAGGAUGACAUUUACCCUUGUGUAGCAACAUAAGCCUGCUGGCUUGAAUCUAAUUUCUCAAUCAGUGUAUGCUUGUUCUUUGUGGCAUGUUGGACUUACGGUUCUGUCAUUUCCAUUUGGUUCCGCACCUGCCUCCCCUGCCCUUAGUGUACUGUUUUGUACUGAUCUUUACUGAGAUUGGUUUGAUAGCAGGUUACAGGUAGGUGUGGGGUUCUUGCAGCCAGAUCAAAACACUGCAAUAGGACGCCCCAAAAUCCUGAGCUGGUUUGAACUUGCUGUGUUGAGGGAUUUUAUUUUUUUCCAUUGUAAGAAAAAAUUGAUAGCAUUAGUGGUCCUUGCACAACUAGCCAAGCCAGUGUCUUCAGUGAUUGCUUCUUGCCUCCCUGCUCCUGAUGUCCGUGGUCACUGUGCUUGGAGAUUGGUGUUCUCUUUUCAUAGGAGCCAUGGGACCCUGUCCCUUAAUUUCUUUUUGAUUGCUUUUGAUUGCAGCUUGGCCUUGCUCCUGCAGUGUUUUUGUUCAGGGACUGAAACUGGCAAAGGGCCAUGAGUUUAAAAAAGUUUUUCCUGCUUGUUUGUUCUGAUGCUGCUCACUGGUGGAGUCUGGUGUGAGCAUGGAGAGGUGAUGCUUCCUGAAGCGGUGGGGGGACAAGGUGGUAACACCACCCUUUUCAUCCACAGUGGGCCCUUAGAUUGGCUCCAACACUGUGAAUUUUGUCUUGAGAAUUUCAGGUCCCUUUCUAUCUGGCUGUUACUUAAUACUUUGAUAUCUUUAUCAAUUUCUUAUUUUAUAGGUAACUACAAACUGAUCAUUUAAUUUGAUCAAGAGUCCUUCAGAGGAUUGAAGUUACUGGUGUGUAACUUCUCCCACCUUUUUUUUUCAUUUAAUAAAGAGAUUGGCCAGCCCGGCUGAGACCACUUAGCAAUGACAAAACAAAAACUUCUGCUUGAUGGGACACUCUCCUUGUUUCUGAUCGUGGCCUGUGAAGCUCAGCAGCUCCCGAGGAGUCAUGUUGCUGCCAGUUCUGGCUCUGUGUGUGACAAGGAGGCAGAGUCCUGGGGACACCUUUUCAGCAGCGAGCGGCUGGAUGCUUGGAUCUGUUCCCUCAUCGGUUCCUUCAUGGUGGGGCUGAGUGGGGUCUUCCCCUUGCUGGUGAUCCCCCUUGAGACAGGAGCUGCGCUGCGGUCAGAAGCUGGGUCACACCGUUUGAAGCAGUUGUUGAGUUUUGCAAUUGGUGGACUACUGGGAAAUGUGUUUCUGCACUUGCUUCCUGAAGCCUGGGCCUACACAUGCAGUGCAACAACAGGAGAAGGGCAGAGCUUUCAGCAGCAGAAGCUUUUGGGUCUUUGGGUGAUCAUUGGUUUCCUGACCUUCCUGGUGCUAGAGAAGAUCUUCCUAGAGAAAGAGGAGGAGUACCCUGGUAUGGACUGUGAUUCCAAAGCACCAUCUGGAAAGAUUCCCAAUGGAAGUGGGUGCCCCCUGCCAAAGGUGGCAGGCCAGUCCCAAAGAACACGAGCUCAGUGUAAUGGCUCCUCUCUCCAGUCUGGUCCAAAACCCAACAGAAUCAAGAUUAGUGGAUACCUCAAUCUGCUGGCCAACACCAUUGAUAACUUCACACACGGCCUGGCAGUAGCAGCCAGCUUCCUGGUUAGCAGAAAGGUUGGGUUCCUAACCACAAUGGCCAUUCUCCUGCAUGAAAUCCCACACGAGGUUGGAGACUUUGCAAUCCUACUUCGGGCUGGCUUUGACCGCUGGAGUGCAGCCAAGAUGCAGCUUUCCACAGCUCUGGGGGGAAUUCUAGGAGCCUGCUUUGCAAUAUGUGCUCAGUCACCAAAAGGAGCAGGAGAAACAGUAGCCUGGAUCCUCCCUUUCACUUCUGGAGGAUUCCUGUACAUUGCCUUGGUAAAUGUUGUGCCUGAUCUCCUGGAGGAAAAGAAUCCUUGGAAUUCCCUGCAGCAAAUUCUGCUCCUGUGUACAGGCAUUACAGUCAUGGUGCUACUCGCGCUCACAACUGAGUGACCUCUGCGCAGACCUUAUGAUGUCUCCCAGAGCCACCACAGUGACUCUGAGCUUUACAAAGCAAUAAGGAACACUAAUGUUACUUCCUACGUGUGUGUGUGUGUGCGCAGAUCUGGCUGCUAGAAUGAGAAGCCGGUGAGAGAGAGGUCUGGCUGUGCAAGACUUCAUUCCCUGGCUUUCCUAUCCCUGUUCUGCUAAAAUCCACACAUGAGGGCUUCUGUUCUUUUUUUGGUUGGUUGCUUUUUAUGGAGCAAAAGAUACACUGGGCAGAAAUGAACUGAACAACUGCUCCACUAUGGACGAAUGAUGUUUCAUUCCGUUCAUUCUGAUGGAACUGCACCUCCCAAGCUCUUGCAUGAAAACAACAGAGGCGAUUCCUGAAGCUGAUGAAGAGAAAGGAUUUUUCCUACCACUUUAAGGGCUGGAGGCAGAACAGGCAUGACAAAGCAACAAUAAACAGCUUUAGCCAGGACCCCCUAUCCAUGAGAAGUUGAUGGUGCUAUGAGAUAGAGGGGAAGAGACCAUUUCCAACUUGAUCUCCAGUGUUUCACUGACACCACUUGUUCCUAAAGGUAGUACUGGCCUCAGCAGUCCAGCUCUUUUGAUCUGUGUUUGUUUACGUUGAAAUUGAGCCAAAAGCUUGAGGCACUUUAGGGUUAGUCACUACAAUUAAAUGACUCAGCUUGGAGAUUACUUGCCUCAGCCCUAACCACUCCAGUAGCCAGCACUGUUUAUCUGAUAAAUGAUAAAUAAAUGUUUCUUCAAUUGCCAUACUACCAGCUCGCUCACAUCUGGAGGGAAAGCCAUGUAGCUGUUGUGACUGAGCUCCUUCUCCUCAUAACCAUUAGCUGAACAAGCCUCUGAGCCUGCUCUUGAGACCUGAUUCAGGCACCAUCUGUCCCAUACCAUGUUUCAGAGCUUUCUUGAGGUGUAGCAUGUUAGCCCUGCCCAGCAUGCUGCAGCACCCCUAGACUGUCACGGCAGAGGUGCUUGAACACUACAGCUUGGUCAGCAGCUGAUAACUGAUAAUUGAUUAGCUUUUCCUCUGUCCAGUGUAGACUGUUUAAGAGCGUGCUGUAGAUGGUAGUCUGUUUCUGGGGUUCUUACCUCAUGGUGGAGUUCAUCUUUUGAGGAUGAAUGGAUAAGAAAUAAUACUGAUAGCCUUUAAAUGGGAAGGCUGAAACUGCUGGUGAAAAUACUAAGUAAGGUGAGAAAGGGAUAUGAAAGGUGACAAUUAGUAUGCUCUAAGAGGAGUUUUCUGUUACGUGAUGCUUGGGAUAAAACUUUUGGCAAAUUGAGACCAAUAAAAGUAAAUAAAAUUCUGGGGUGCUUUCUUCCAUCCCAGCUCACAGGGCUGACCAGGCUGUAAUUCCACAGGGAUGUUUUAUUGCCACAGAUGUGCACAAUUACUAGAUCAUCCCUUCUCUAGAGCUUAUCCUUGCUUUGCUUAAAUUAGUUUAAAAACAGUUCUGAUUGAACUAGCGGAGUCACUGAACACAAAGCAGAUGCCACAGUGUGAUUUGCACCAACUUAGCUCAGUCUUUUAACAGCUUUUGUAAAGCAGUACAGCUCUCCAGUCUGCACAGGGCCUUACCAAGAGGGCUCGUGCCUUAAGAGGGCAAUUUGGGUCAGAGCAGCAAGGCAGGCAUGCUGCCCACAGCAGAGGCAUUACUUCCCUAAGAGAUUCCUGAACUGUUGACACAGUUCUUUUUUAUGACCGCUCCUGUCCUGCUUUUCAGUGAAUGCUGGAGAGCUCAUGCUUGCAGUUCUGUCUGCCCAGGAACUGCUGUCUGAAAUUUUUUCAGCUUUCCUUUCCCUGGACUGACAUUAGUAACUAGUUCCACAGAAACAAGGAGGGAGGCUUAGUGCAAUUGUUUUAUUCCUUUUUACAAAGUUGUCUUCCUGUGCCACCUACUCUCUCCAUCAUUCAAUUGUCUUGAGGUCUGAAGGUAGCAUCCACUUCCUGCUUUCCUGGAAAGAUGAUUAGUCCAGUUAGCCUGCAGGGACUGAGGGAGUAUGCUAACCCUCUGGUUGUAGCUUUGGGGGUUCCCCCUGCCCAGGGACUGCAGCUAAGCAGACCCUGUAAUAGGACUCUGGAGGAAGCAGGCUUGCACAGAAAGCUGUGCCUGCUGUUUCUCAGAUUUCUUUCCCAAAAUAAGGCUGGCAUUUAAGUUGAGGCAUUGCCAGGUGAGUGCCCAUGAGUUGGCGUUGUUGCAUCAGCACUGAGCCUUGCCAAGACUGAAAACCACAGUCAGGAUUUUAUACUCAGCGUUCAGGAAUGUGAAGUGGAUGACACUGAAGAAAGAAUUUCUGAGCUGUUUUUCUUGGCUGCUAUCACAGGCAUGGAUAGUCUGUGGUUCUUGGGAAGAUACCCUGGUAGGAGGUAGCAUGGGGCUUGUGGGAGGGAGGGGUUUGAUAGAUUUCUACUGCGUCAGCCCUGGGGCUGAGGAUUGAGAGCCUUGGGAGGAAAUGGAGCAUCGCUCCACUACAUUUGUCACUUUUGGAAAUGCAGAGAGAAUUGUAUUUUCUAGCUCUAUUUUUUCAGCUGCUCUUAUGCAUUUUCCCCCUUCAUCUGUAUUGGUCUGCUCUGCAUGGAGACAAUAGAGAUGAAAUAAAUGGUUUUCCAUGUUG